ACUCGAUCCCGAUGCCGCGUCCAUGUGACAAAAGUUAUGGCAACAAGUGCAGCUCCAACACUCAUUUGCAAACAAUAUUUAAAUAAAUGCCAAUCAACAAGUCAGUGAUUUUUAAACUCCGGCUUUUAAAAAAACUUUACAACCUCAGCAGUUCGUCUGCUCUUCUACACAAAAGUAAACACGUAAAAAAUAAAUGAAUACAUUAAAAGAUAAUCAAGUCCAGGAUCCAGAUUAUGCUAUCGCAGGACCGAGUAAUCAACAGAAAAUAUAUCAAGAGACUGCUCUGAUAAAUAAAACGAAACGUGUAAAUGGAGUAAUAGAACGCGAGUUCGAUAAAUCGAUAGAAGAGAAGGAAAAAGAAAUUUUGCUGAUCAACGACCGGCUGCAUGAGGCGAUCAGGACACUGAGUUUGUUGAGGUAUGCGAUUGUUUCAGAGUUUUACAACCGGAAGGAAUGCCAAGGAGCCAGUGGCAGUGAAUCCAAGCAGUCGAGAAUCCAUCCGGCGAUAAAACAAAACAUUGGAAAGGCUCCGAGGACACUGAGACGUCGAGUGGGUGAUAAUUUGCCUUCGACGAGUGAUUCUGCAGCUGCCAGCUCGGCUGCUGAUGAUUCCAACUGCCUGGGAAAUGGCUGGGGUGAUAAAUCUGGGGUCGAGAUGCAGACCAAUGGAGUAGGGGGUAAAAAUCAUCAUGAUCUGGGUUUUAAUUCGCAAAAUUUGGACUCUAAUCUUCAGAAACCGGGUUUUAGUCAUCAAAAAAUAAAUUUAAAUCAUCAAGAUUUCAAUCAGAAUCAUCAAGUUCCAGGUUUUAGUCUUAAAAAUCAUCAAGAUUUGACUCAGAAUCAUCAGAUUCCAAAUGGAAAUCCUAAUAAUCAUCAAGAUAUAGAUCAAAAUCAUCAUCAUCAACAAGAAUUGAAUUUUAAUCAUCAAAAUCUGGAUCAAGACCAUAAAAUUCUGGGCUUAAAUAAUCAAGAUCUAGGUCUAAAUCAUCAGCAUUAUCAAGAAUCAAGUCUGAAUCAUCAAAUUCCAAGUCUAAAUCAUCAACAAUAUCAAGGACUAAGUGAUAGUUAUCAAGUACCGGGUCUCAGUCAUCAGUUUCAUCAAGUUCCAGGUCAGAAUCAUCAAGAACUAGGUCAAAAUCAUCAAAUGCCAGGCCUUAAACAUCAGCAUCAUCAAGUUCCAGGUCUUAAUCAUCAAGGAAAGAAUAUAAACUACCAAAAUCUAGGCUUGAUUCAUCAAAAUGAUCAGGUUCCAGGUCUAAAUCAUCUAGAAUCCAGUAUCAAAUACCAGGAUUCAGCUUUAAAUCAUCAAAAUCAUCAAGUUCUAGGUCUAAAUCAUCAAGCAACGAGUAUUAAACUUCCAAAUCCAGGUCUAAGUUACAAAAAUCAUCAAGUUCCAGGUGUCAACAACACAAAUCAUCAACUUCCAGGUCAGCAUCAUCAACCCCCAGUUCAUAAUCAUCAAGCAUCAGCACCCAGUCAUGAGAACCAAACUCUCAAACGUAAAAUUGAUCACGAGCACAGCAACAUCCGGUCGAAAAAAUCCCGUCUCUCGCUGGAUUCCAACACCGAGCUCGAGCCUCAACGUGGUGACGUUUUCAAAAUAAGCAAAGUCCUCGUUAUCGGUAACAUCGCAUCUCCCAUCCAUCCCAUGGACCGACAAGAUGACAAAUACACUCACAAGUGGCAAGUGUACGUCCGCGGUCCCAUUGACGAUUCCAUCGGCGAGUUUGUCUCCAAAGUAGUCUUCCAUCUGCACCCCAGUUUCAAACCCAACGACCUCAUAGAAAUAGACCGCCCGCCUUUUACUCUGGUCCGUCGCGGCUGGGGCCAUUUUCCCAUUCACAUAUCAGUAUUUUUUAAAAACAAAUUCAAUCCUCCCGCGUAUUUCGUCCACAACCUCACCCUAGAUCACGUCUCAGAAAAAGUUUACGCGGUAAAAAUUUAUCCUACAAAUUACCAGCCGAUUAAUUACGACUCUGUAAAUAAUUUUGUUAAUUCCGAUGAUGAAAAUCUUCUUGAACCAGAGGAUAUUAAUGUCCGCGAUGAUAUUAACGUCAGUAAAAAUUCAAAUAAGCCGCCAAAUAAACCAGAUAAAUUUAAAAAAAUACACAGCAUUUAUCUGGAGCACAAUUACAUAAAUUUAAAUAAUAUCGGGGAGAAUAAUAAGACAAUACGUCACUCCCCGGGUAAAAAUACGCAUCCAAAAAAUAUAUAUAAUAAUCACGGGUCUAUUAAAAAUGACAAAAUUAAUAGACCAGUGAAAAAUAUUAACGGCAGAGUUGAUAACAAUGAGAAUAAAAAUAUAUUAAUAUCAUCUGGUGCAGUCUACGAGCCCCUGGAAAUAAAAAUACCGGACUUGCAUGAAACAAUGAAGAAUUCUGUGAAACAAGUUCUUGUUUUUAACGACAAACAGAUUCCUCUGAACUUCAACCACAAGGGAGAGACCAAAAAGUUCAAGGGUAACAGCAAUGGGGUCAGUAUACUGAAGAAGAAUAACAUCAAUGGGGACAUUAAUGGCAGGAAAAACGGGAUUAAUAUCACAAUAGAUCCGGCUAAAAGUCUGAUGCUGAAUGUCCAGGACAGCGAACCUGCGUUGAAAUUAUCGACGGUGGGUAACAGCAAUUUUAGGGGGAGGGUUAAGGCCGUGGAUAAGAAGAGGAAGAAUAUUAAUGGCCGUAGUGUGAAAUUAAUAGAGGAAUUAAAGGAGAUAAAGGGAAAUGAUGUGGAGGAAAUUGUAAAAUUUUUAGCAAAGAGGCUGCCGAUAGUGACCCCGGAGGCUGGGGAUGCGGAGUACAAGAAAAAUUACCCGUAUGUUUGUCGAACGGCGGACGAAUUUCUGGGAUUUAAUGUCGGGAAGCAGAGAUCUGCGGAGUGGUACCGCGCGAAGGAGAUCAGGAGUUUGCUGAGGUACAGAGUUAGGGAGGAAGAAAUUUGGACGACAAAGGAAAUUUUGAUGUGGUGUAGAUUCAAUGGGUACACGGUGAUGAGGUCGAGGGAGGUCUCGAAGAGUCCGGGGAAGGGAGAGAGGGAAGAGGAUGGAAGCAGUUGUACGGAGCCGAAGGAACUGGUGGAGUGGAUACAGAGGAUGAAGGAGACGGGGAUGGAGAAGGAGGAGAUUGAGAUCGUGGAUGUCGAGGGGGAGAGUCUGGAUGUGGAGGUUAAGGUCAAGGAGGAGAAGAAAGAUUGUUGUGUUAAGUUGGAGGUCGAGGAAGAUGUCGCUAGGAUGAACUGCUUUGUUUAUGAAACUGCGAGGCAGGUUGGUGUUAGUAUUGAAGAUGAGGAAAUUGAAGAGGGCGUUAGUGACUGCGCUGCUGGACGUGUUGUUGUUAAGGCUGUUGAAUGCUUAUUGGAAGACUUAUUAAGAUCCUCAUUAUCGAAAGCAUGGGAGCGUAAUAACUACAAGCAUUGCCCAGAUAUAAUUACAGUAAAUGACAUACGUAAAGCAAUAAGUGAACGUGAUGAAUUUGAUAUUUUUACAAACUCUGGACUUGGUACUUCUACACAGUGACCAUACAAUUAAUUUAUUAUUUUUUUAUAUACUACAUUAAACUUAACUUAAUUUAAUUUAAUUAAUUAAUUGACUGACUCAAGUAACUUAUUUAUAUAAUUAAGCUCCAAUUCAAACUCCAAGUCUGCGAAUCUUAAACUUCUUGUAUAUUAUGAAGCCACAACUUUUUUCAUUCAACAAAAAUAGAGUGAUUAUAAGUAAUAACAAAUUAUACAAACAAUUUUGUAUUUUAUAUAAAUUAAAAAAGUUUUUAAUCUGUAUUACGCUUUUAUAAG